UAAGCACGUCUUGUGAUACACCAACCUCACUCUUUCCUCUCGGAUGCAAUAGCAAGGAAGCCUCACUGCUCAACAAAGAACCCACAUCAACACAUCUACAAGUUCAUACUUACAACCAGCACAAUGGAACAGCCCACUAGACCUCCAUUCGAGGACCUCCCACUCGACAAGGAAGGACCUCCAGGCAACGCAUGGGGCCUCUACGGCUUCGACGACGAGCUCGGCGCCCUAAACAUGAUAACCCCCGCCACCGUGAAAGCCGCCGCGCAAGAGAUCCAAACCGGCGAGCGCGUAUCACUAGACUGGUAUCUUAACCUGCCCUCUUACCCAUCUUUCGGCCGGCCCUCAUUUGGCUGGCGCAUGGAGAACAGAACCCACCCAGAUGGAACCAAGCGCACCGUCAACGACGACCACCUAGACAUCAACACCCAAAGCUCCAGCCAAUGGGACGGCUUCAGACACUACGGUUACCAACAAGCCGCCUGCUACUACGGCGGCCGCACGCAAUCCGACCUCGAAAACACAGACAUCAUCGGCAUCGACAAGAUCGCGCACUCGGGCGGCAUCACCGCCCGCGCUGUUAUCCUGGACUAUCCGCGGUAUCUCCAGAAAUCCGGUAAAGAUGCCAUUAAUGCGCUUUCGAGCCACGCUAUUAGCGCGAGGGAGCUGAAGGAUAUGCUUAAGGGGACGGGCGUCGAGGCCAGGAAUGGCGAUUUGUUGCUCGUGAGGACCGGAUUUACGGAGCAGUAUGGCAAAUUGGGGGAACAGGAGAGGAAGGGGUUGGCGGGGAAGCCGCCACGGUUUGCAGGCGUGGAGAGUAGUAAGGAGACGUUGAGGUGGAUUUGGGAGAGCGGGUUUGUGGCGGUUGCCGGCGAUGCGCCCUCCUUCGAGAUGGCACCUUUGGUAGGCGACCACAACAAGCCUGGUGGCAUCUGGAAAGGUGAAGAGUGGGAAAGUGACAUGCAGGGUGGCGGUCUUCUGCAUCAGUGGCUACUGGGCGGCUGGGGAGUCAUGAUCGGUGAGAUGUGGGAUUUGGAGAGGCUGUGUAAGAAGGCAGAAGAGUUGGGGAGGUGGACGUGUUUUGUUAGUAGUGUGCCGUUGAAGGUUCCUGGUGGUGUUGCAAGUCCGCCGAACGCUGUUGCUAUAUUCUAGGUUCUUCUGUACAUAGAUGAAGCCGCCAAUGAACAUCUUGGAGCUCUUCUCGUCGGCUACACAGUGUCUCGAGGAAAUGAGAAGCUGCAAUUGAUGUCCGAAUCGGUUGCCUUGUCUGAGACUUGUUGGCGAGGUACGAGAGGGUAUGAGAGGGCGUUUCGAGAAUGACACCUUGUCGCGGUAAAUUGUGAGUGAUCAGUACGCGUGUGCGGAAGUAUUGAAGGAUUGAACUGAGGGUGUAUUGAACUAAGCUGUGUGUUUAAAUAGUGUGAGGACAGGGAGGUUUGACCAUGAG